CCUCGUGCUGCCGCAGUGACGACACGUGAACGUGGACGCUCCUAGUGUGUUUAGUUCUGAGCGCUCGAGACAGUUUAUAUCACCUUAAAGAGAGAGAGGAGCUCGAGCGAGCAGCAGACUCACCUGAAACCUUCACAGCACAGGAACCAUGACAGCCGUUUACCUCCUCCUCCUGCUGCUGCCUCUGGUGUCAGCGCAGACCUAUCACUGGGGUCCUUGUCCUGAACCUAAGGUGCAACCUAGCUUCAGCGUUCAACAGUAUCUGGGUCGCUGGUAUGAGAUCGAGAAGCUGCCUGCUUCCUUUGAGAGAGGGAAGUGCAUCGAGGCGAACUACGCUGUGAGGCAAGAUGGCACCAUUCAGGUGCUCAACUCUCAGUUCUAUAAAGAGAAGACGAGGAAAGUAGAGGGGACCGCAGUGAUUCAAGAUAUGAGAGAACCGGCCCGGCUUGGAGUCAGCUUCUCGUAUUUCACUCCCUACAGCCCGUACUGGGUUCUGACCACCGACUACACCAAUAUGGCCGUCGUGUAUUCCUGCACAGACAUCCUCCACAUUUUCCACAUCGACUUCGCCUGGAUCCUCAGCCGGUCACGCUUCCCACCUGCAGAUGCUGUAGAGUAUGCCAGAAAUGUGCUGAUAAAUGAAGGGAUUGAUACUUUCAGGAUGAAGUCCACAGAUCAGCGUGGCUGCAAGGACGACUAGGAGGAGAGGAGACAUCUCCUGGACAACUUGUUCUGACUGUGUUUUAUGAAGAAUUCUGCUCAGUCUACCUUUUCCAACAAAAUGAAGACAUUUAAAUAUUUUUUAAGAGUUUAUUUUGAUGUUUUUAUGAUGAAGAUACUGCUUAGUUGGUUACUGAUGAAGGAAAUGCUGUGUGUAAGUCAACAGAGCUUGGUGAAGUUACACAUUGUAUGUGUGUUGUAUUUGCCAGGUAUUUUGGAGAGGUGGGGGGAAUAAACCUUUCUUGGCUGUAGACAAAAAUGUAUGAGUAUUUGAAUAACUUUGAUAGAAUACCAACCUGAUUGGUGUCCUCUUAUUGACAAUAAAAAACAUGAAGAUAACUU